AUGGCAAUGGUAAUGGUAAUUGUACUGGAGAUUGUAAUGGUAAUUACAAUGGUUAAGCUACUGGUAGGUAAUGGUAAUGAUAAUCGUAACGAUAGUGGUAAUAGUAAUGGUAAGGGUGACGGUAGUAGUUAUGGUAAUGAUAAUGAUAAUGAUUAUGGCCCUCUCAUUGUGGAAAUCAACAGCCAAGUGGCGCUCUUUCGUGAUAUGCUAAUCCAUGUUGGCCAGACAAAAGACUGUCCCGAAUUACGGGAGAAAAUUCGAAAACUGCGAAGAACCUGUGUGGAGGCAUGCAAACACACGGGACAGAUAAUAAUGCCGCAGGUGAAGAAGUCGGAAAAUCGCGCUGGUCCCUCAAAUCUCGGCAAUGUCAUCAGUCAAAUACUGCUAUGCAAACAAAUAACGUCCGACUUCAAUCAAGAGGAAUUAUGCAGCAUUACAAAGGAUUCACAGGACAUAGCGGUGCUAUUGUCCGAGAUGCAAGAAUAUAUGCCACAACAUGACACAUAUCUGGGUGAGUAA